CUUCAAACAACAGUCACCAUCAAAAACAAAUCCUCUUCGAACCCAAUUUACUCACUAUAAAUCAUCACCAUGCACUUCUCCGUUGUCACUGUACUUCUCCCUCUCCUCGCCGCCACACCUCUCGCCUCAGCCUGGAAGCUCCAAGUCUUCAUGAACGAUGGCCGCUCUGUCACUACCCACGGCCGCCUCGACUCUGGCUGUAAGACCUACGAUUUCGACAUGAGUUCUCCAGUCAAAAGAGUCAAAUUCGAGAACAGCUUGGUCACUAAAAGUUUUGAGCUUUAUACCAAGAGGGGUUGUCAAGGAGCGGUGAGCUACAGGAACAAUGAGGGUACAUAUGACUUGACUCCUCCGAGAAAGAUUUUGAGUUACAAGGCCUACUGAGAAGCAUACAUAUUUUGGGUUGAUGGAUGAUGACCAGCUGUUGUAUAAGAACUUGGGGGAUGGAUUGUCAGAGCAGUCUUUGCAAUGUCGAAACGUUAUGGGUACCGAUAUGCAGAACUGCGAAAUCUCAGUACUGUGCCAUAAGAACUCAUCUAGACGAGCGCUAGUCAAUUACCAAACGUGAAGAUGUAUGAUUACAGCAGAUUCGCUGACUACGUAGCACAAAGAUUGUCGCACAAACA